AUGGAUGUUGUUCAACAAACAUAUGGUUUAAAUCAAACUGAUCAACCAUCAUCGGAUCAUCAGUUAACAAAAUAUUUAAAUAUAACAUGUAAUGAUUCGAAAUCAAUAGAAAACCAUCAUAAUUUAUCACCUCAAUCAACAAUUGAAUCAUUGGAUUUCACUAUAAAUGAAUCAAAAAAUUCACCAAAAUCAGAUAUAAAAUGUUCUAAUGAUAAAUCAAAACAAGAUUUCUCUCAAAUAAAAUUAUUAUCUAAUUCAUUUAAUACUAUCAUUAAUGAUAAGGAAAAUUUAAAUUAUUAUCAUCAAUAUAAUAAUAAUAAUAUGAAUAAAUGUUUCGAUGUAACUGAUUGUUAUCAAUCACAAGAAACGGAUCAUUUUUCAGAUUCAUUCAAUAGUUCUACCUCUUGUACAUCAACAUCCCAUUAUAUUCAAAUUCAAGAAGAUGGUAUAGAUAAUACAGAUAGAGAAGAACUUGAAAUUCGUCGUAAACGACGUAAACAAAUAUUACCACAGCAGAAUUUUCAUUUUACUCCAGUUAUAACUAAUAAUAUGGAUGAUUUAAUGGAAAUUAAUGACAUAUCAAACGAAAAUGAUAUGACCAGAUUCAUAGAUUAUGAAUUAGAUGACAGUGUAAGUUAUCAACCAAAAAUAAGAAAAUUAUCUAAAUGUUCAUCAAAAAACGAAGUGGAGCAUUUAGAAAGUGAAGAAUUAGAAGAAGUGAAAGAAACAGAACAUACAGAAGAGAAUAUAGAGAAUAAAGAUGUUGUAGAAAUGAAUUCAGAUGUUCAAAUGAUUAAUGCUGAUGAUGACCAUAUACUUAAUCAAACAGAUAAAUUAUUCAAUAAAAGUUUCUCUCCUACUAUUAACAUAAAUUCAGAAUAUAAUAAAUUAAUUAGUGAAUUAAGUCAAUAUGCCGUAGAAGCAUUUCGUCGAAGUUUAACAAAUAAAUCGACUAAAGUACAAAAAGGUUUAGAUAAUGAAAUGAAUAGAAACAGUUGUAGCGGUGAUAUCGAUGGCGGUAACACCACUACUACUUCUAUUAAUAAUAAUAAUAAUGAUAAUAAUAAUAACACAGAAGAAAGAAUUAUUGAACAGACGUUAUUAAAACUUGAACCGCAUAUAUCUGAAUUAGUUGGUCAAUCGUUAAGAACAAGUAUUGAAACAAUAAAAAAAGAAAUGUUAUCGAAUUUUAAAAGAAUCAAUAAUCAUUCAUCUAUGAAUCUAUUACAUAAUCAAUCUGAAACUAAUGAAAAUAAUAAAACAUUAGAAAUUACAAAUCAAGAAAUAUUUCCUGAAACAUUUCAACAUUUCAAUGAUCCACAUAAAGAUGAUACUAAUUCUAAUGAAGAAAUGAAACCAAAUCAUUCAAUUGAAAUAGUACCUAUGGAAAAAAUGGAUCAUUUAACUAAUAAUUUAAAACAACAUUUACAUAAUACAACAAUAAAUACAAAUAAACAAAUGAAUAAUAAUAAUAAUAAUAAUAAAAUAUUACCAUCUAAUAAUAUAAUGGAUCAAUCUAUAGAAAAUGAUCAAAUUUCUAUCAUAAAUAAUCAUUUACCAAAUAUAGUAACUCAUUCAAAUGAUCAUAUUCAAUCGGCUUAUAAAACAUUACUGACAAAUAAUAUAUUAAAAUUACCUAUAAAUAAUCUUACAUUCAAUUCAAUGAAUCAUAUGAAUCCAGCCUAUUCAACUUGUAAUACUGAUCAAAAUGAUUCUAUUAAUAAUUGUAUAGAUACAAUUGAUUUUAAUAAACAAAUCAUACAUAGUAUCCAUGAAGAAAAAGAAAAAUCAUUACAAUUUCCUUCAUUUUUCACUAAUUUGAAUGACAAUAAUAAUCAAAUAUAUUCAAGAAUUUCAUCUAAUGAUCUAUCUAUGAUUAAUACGAAUUCACCUCCGUCUUUAUCCCAGUCAGUUGACUAUAUUAAUUCUAAUCAAUCAGUUGAUAUUAAUUCAUCUGAAAAUGUUACCUCAUCAAUGUUGACUAAUACUACCACUUCAACAUCUUCAUCGUGUGAUCCUGUGACGGCAGCGGCCGCCGCUGCUGCUUUAGCUAAUGUCUUAGGAUUUCCAAUUCCAUACAGUUGGUCACCGAAAACAUUAACUGAUAUGCAAGAUGCUUAUGGAUUACUAUCAAAUCCAUAUUAUCAUUGGCCGUGGAAACUUCUUAAUUCUUCUUAUGCAUCAAAAUAUUCUGAUCAAAAUACACUUCUUCAAUCUAGUUCACUAGUCAAUAAUACUAUGAAUAUUAUAAAGCAAUUGAAUAAAAUAAACCCGGUCUCAACAUUGAAUUCUUGUUCGAAAUCAAAAUUUCCAUUUAAUGACGAAAAUAAACAAAACAAUAUAAUGAUGUUCAACGAUACAACUUCUUUGUCAACACAAGCAAUGUCAUCAGAUGAACAGGUAGAAGCUAUACCUUUAAUAGUAAGACAUGACAGAAAAAUAAAUAAAUCUGGUUCAGUCGUAAAUAGUAAUAGUAUCAUGUAUACCAGCUGUUCAUCAAAUUUGACAACUAGUACUAGCGUAACAACGGCACCAAUAACAAAUGAGAGUAAUUCAUUUCAUGGACCAAAUAUUAGUCGCAGAAGACGCACUAAAGUUACUGACACACGUCUAAGUCAUUCACGUGCUUCACGUUAUCCAAAUAAUGCAUUUUCGAAUUGUACAAUGACGAAUUCUGUCAUGCACCAAAACAAUCGACAUUAUCAUAAUCAACCAAUAUCACAACAACAGUCACUUCUUCAAUCAACUUCAGACAUUAUUGACUUUGGGCAGGCAUUAAAUUUGGUCACAUCAACUUCUACAUCUUUUGGAUUGAGUGGGAACCAACUGCAAACUGAUGAUAAAGAAUCCUUACUUAUAAGCCAAAAUCUUUUACCGGGUAUAAAUCCGGCCAAAUAUCGCAACACUGUUAUUUCUACCAGUACUACUACUUGUAGUAAUAUCAACAGUACGAGUGAUUUAAAAUUAGAUGAUUUCUAUUCUGCUAAGUAUCGAUCAGAAAAUCAAAUUCAUAGUGGUGGUAGUAAUAAUAGUAGUCCAUCACCAAUUUCAUUACGUCUUUCAGGCUAUUCAAAAGAAAUGACUGAUAAUACCUCAGAAAAUCCGAAGGGACGUUGUCAUAAAAAUGUAGACAUUUCAGAAUCAGACAAGAAUAUCGAUUAUCAGCUUAACGGAGUGGAUGAGAAGUUACAUUGUUUGAAUACACUUCAGGAAUACAAAUCAAUUGAAAAAAUGUUUUCGAAAACAUUGAAAAGUUAUCCAUUAUCUCUAAAAUCAAAUUUACUUAAUAAUAUCGGUACACUACCUGCAGUUAUGAAUACUGUUUCCACUUCCACAUCCUCCACUUAUUCUCCAUCGGUUUUCAAAGAUAUAAAUACGUCAUUGGUAGUGACCUCUUCAACAUCACUAUCCAUCUCUUCUACAUUCCCUACAUCAUCUACUACUUCUUCUGUGUCUAUCACUUACCCUUGUGCAUCAGUUUGUUCAGACAUUAAUCAACGUAAAUUUUUGUCAAGAUUCAAUCAAAUUUGUCUGUUAAAUUCACGCCUCCCUAACUCAUUACCACCUAUUCCUCCGAUCUUUUUCAAUCCUACAGAAGAUACAAUUAACAAUAAUUUCAAUCAUAUCAGUAAUAAUAAUACAAACAAUACAAAUAAAUUUUCCACCAGUAAUUUUUACGAUUAUACAAGUAUACAGAAUGAUGGACAAGAAAGACAACAACAGUCACUUUCACAUAGUUUUGGAGCAAAAACUAAUAUUAACUAUUCUCAGCCACAUAAUAUUUCUUUAUCAUCGUCUCUUCCUUGCAAAUCUCCCAGUCCAUACUCAUUAUCUUCAAAAUCAUCUAUAUUUUCACCAUCACAAUCGUUAACAUCAGUCAUAGGAAGCAUCGAUUAUAAUAGUGUUAUUACUACUGCUGCCAAUAAUAGUAUUGACCAUAACAAUACUAAUAUGACAACUGUAUGUAGUUCACAAAAUAAACAUCACCGUCCACAACAAAAUCUACCCAAUUUAAAUAGUAAACAGCAUCAUAAUCACAUAAGUUACAUAAACAAAUUAUACGAUAAAUUAAAUGCAAGUGAAAAUCUACUCAAUAUAAAGCUUGACAAAUCACUAUUAUUGAACAAUAAUUUUAGUAGUGAAUCAACCAGUGGGAUUACACUAUCAGAAUCUUAUCAAAAUCAACUAAUUAAUUAUUCACAUGAACUACGAAUGACAACAACUUUAACACCGGUACAUUUACGUAAAGCAAAAUUGAUGUUUUUUUAUACACGAUAUCCGAAUUCAACACUUAUUAAAAUGUAUUUCCCUGAUGUGAAAUUCUAUAAAAAUAAUACAGCUCAGUUAGUGAAAUGGUUUAGUAAUUUUCGGGAAUUUUACUACAUUCAAAUGGAGAAAUAUGCACGAGUCGCCAUAUCUGAAGGAAUACGUAUUGCUGAUGAAAUUCAUGUAACAAUUGAAUCUGAAAUCUACAGAGCUUUAAAUUUGCAUUAUAAUCGUAAUCAACAAUUAGAGGUACCAGAUCAUUUUCGUAUUGUUGUUGAAGCAACAUUACGUGAAUUUUUCAAUGCACUUUAUACUGGUAAAGAUUCAGAACAAUCAUGGAAAAAACCAAUUUAUAAAGUUAUAGCUAGAAUGGAUCAACCAGUUCCAGAAUUUUUCAAAAGUCCUAAUUGGAUGGAUCAAUUAGCUGAUGGAUAAAUAAGAAGAAAAACAAAGUAAUCAGUUGAUUACUUAUUAUUAUGUUUCAAAUUACAAAAAUAUCAUAUAGACGAAUACCUACUCGACUAAUAAACAUGAUCUUCAUAAUUCAAAUAACAAUUUCAUCACCUGAAAUCAUUAUGAAUAUAAUAUAUUUCAUCAUACAACUUAGAAUUUAGUAAACAACCCCUCCCCCCAAAAAGGCACUUGUUCUUUCAUUCCCUAUAAACUAAACUUAGCAAAACAAUUUGAUUCCAUUUUUUUAAACAAAC